AUGAAUUUAUUUGUCGCAUUAAGCAAAAAAAAAAAAUAUCAACACAAAUUAUUUGCCCCAUAUUUGCGGCCUCUGACAGAUACAACAACCACGGAAACUCGCUUUAUGCUCUCGACUUGUUUAAUAAGGAAUUGUGUUUUUAUAAGACCAAGAUUAUCUGUAAUUUGCUUUAAGGCAAUCAGAUACCAGUCCAAGAAGCUGGAUUUCCCUGAUUAUACCAAGAUUAAUGAUCCUAAAUUGAGAGAAAUCAUCGAGGGAUCCAAUUUUGGAACUGAAGCGAUUUUGAAAAAGCAACGUGAAGAUCAGGACAAGAAGAAGAAAAUGGAGCAAGAAAGAAAGAGGUUAGAACAAGAACGUGAAGUGGAUAGAAGACGUGAAGAAAAGCGUGCAAAAGAGGAAUCUGAAAGUAACAAGACUGACAAUGACAACGAAGCAAACCAACACACCGACGAUAAGCUUGCCAAAGUCAAUGAAAAAUUGGAAUCUAAUUUUUCAAAAACAGAGUCAGGUAAACUUCGAGGAGAAGAUACUGGUACUCGUGAGACCGUUGUGGAAACAGAAGAAGAAGAGGAGUUGAAAUUGAAAGCAGAAAACAAAAUUAUUGCAACGAGCAAAGAUUCUGUUGAUGAAAGUGAUAUUCCCAAUUUGGCAAAGGAGAUCAAUGAAACCAUACAGAAAGAAAUCGCUGGGCUACCUUCUCAAAAAGCUAAAAACCAAAGCAAAUUGGCCAAAAACUUAACGAAAUAUUUAGAUUCUGCACAUGAUACAAUCUUAACUGCUACAAGGGCAUUGAAUGACGUUACUGGGUAUUCUGCAAUUGAAAAAUUGAAAAAAUCAAUAGAGACCCAAGAAGACGAUUUGAAAAAAGCUAAAGAGAAGGUUAAACAAUGUAAGAUUGCAUAUGGUGAAGCCAUCCAACGAAGAUCACAUUCACAAAGAGAGGUCAACGAGUUAUUGACCAGGAAACACAAUUGGUCACUGAACGAUUUAGAAAGAUUCACAGAAUUGUACAGAAAUGACCAUGAAAAUGAAAUACAUGAACAAGAAGCAGAGAAAAAAUUGGACGAAGCUGAAAGUAAAGUUGAUGGGGUGCAAUUGAAAUUGACACAACUGAUUCUCACAAGGUACCACGAAGAACAAAUUUGGUCUGACAAAAUUAGGAGAUCCUCUACAUGGGGAACUUGGGUUUUGAUGGGUCUAAAUGUACUUCUUUUUGUUGUCGCGACGUUCAUUGUGGAACCAUGGAAAAGAAGUAAGUUGGUUUCAGCUUUUGAAGAUAAGGUGAAGCAAGUGUUGGUGGGUAUUUCACAAGAGAACGAACAGAUUUUAGAUCCAAUCAUUGAAAAACUAGAGCCUACUGAUGGACAAGUCCCAAUCAAAACAUCAUUUGACUUUAAGUUUGUCACCAAUACUUGGCACGGUUUAAAGGCUGCUCUUGUGAGGAAUUAUGAAGCAUUGAUGUCGCCUGAAAUAACGAAUUUGGAGUUUGAUAAAUUCGAAUUUGAGUUAUUUACAAUGACUGUAGCAAUAGUUGCAUUUAGCAUGGGAAGUUUAAUUGUUUCCUUAUUUAAAUAA